AUGAGCAAAGUCAUCAUCGUCACCGGUGCCAGCCGUGGCAUCGGCCUCUGUAUCGCUCAGCACUUGCUGGCCCACAAGCAUAACGUCGUCCUCGUUGCCCGGACGGCUGCGCCGCUGGCCGCCCUCAAGACCCAAUUCCCAGACCAGGUCGAGUAUUCUACCGUGGACUUGACCGACUUUACUACAGCCCCUCUGGUGGUCGACCUCGCCAUCAAGACCUUUGGUCGUCUGGACGGACUCAUUGCUAAUCAUGGAGCUCUCUCGCCUCUGGCCCAUGUUGCAGACGCAAGCAUCGACGAGUGGAAGCGCCUCUACGACAUAAACUUCUUUAGUGUGCUGGCCUUGGCAAAGGCAGCUAUUCCCAAGCUGCGCCAGUCCCAGGGCCGCAUUGUGGUCACUUCAUCCGGAGCAGCCGUCAAUGCAUAUACCGCCUGGGGCGCCUACGGGAGCUCCAAGGCCGCCGUGAACUCGCUGGUGCAGCACCUCGCCGUCGAAGAGCCCACCAUUGCCUCCAUUGCCGUCGGUCCUGGCCGUGUCGAUACAGACAUGCAGAAAGAGUUGCGUGAAGACGGCGCCACAACCAUGGCACCCAAGGACUACGCCGGCUUUGUGAGCGCCUUCGAAGAGGGCAGGCUCAACCCGCCCGAGAAGCCAGCUGAGGUCAUCGCCAAACUGUCUGUCGACCUUACACUCGAGCACAGUGGACGAUAUGUCAAGUACGAGCAUACUUGGAACAUCCCGGACAUGGCACCGUACCACUGGUCCGAAUAG